AUCUUUAAGGGUAGAGAUGCUCCUCUCUAUACUGAGCAUUCAGACUGUAAUACCAGCUAAAACUGUGUAGCGGCAUAGUGACAUUGAGUUUUCAUUUACUUACUGCUUAACUACCUAUAAACGUUAGUUUUUUUCAAGGCAUUAGCCCUGGUUCAAUAUACUUAAGUGUGAUUCUAAGAGAUACAUCUUCCCAGGUAGACCUGUUUCAAUUAACCAAAACAUGAAGGGAAAAGAUUAGUGCCUACUGCACUCGAUUACAUGAGAGGAAUAUGUCAAGCUGGUGAGGGAGUUUGUAAUAAUGAGGGAAAACAGUUUACACAAAGGUUAAUGUUUGAAUAAGCGUUAGUUAUGUUGUGAAGAUGUUGUGCGUCAUGGACAAGAGGCAGGAUUCCAUAACGUAUUAUUUUCAAACGUUAUAGGUUUUUCCUUUGCUACUUUUCAAAGCAAGUAGAAGCUAGACGAGAUGACUGCUGUGCUCUCUGAUACCCAGUUAAUGUGCGGAGGAAUACUUUUAGGUGAUUUGUAGGCAAAGAACUGUCUCGAAGGCCAUAUGACAAGGAAUCCGGUUUUUCUUCGUCAUUAUAAUCCUUUCAAAAAUGUUCUCAUGACCUUUAGAGUUGUCUGACGUAAAAUAUGACACAUCGUUCCUUCAACCCAGCCCAAUACUCUUUACAGGACUUGCCAUUGGGAGAAUGUUUGUCACGUGACCGAGGUGUACUUGCCCUCACCUGUCUUUAUUCCGUCUAGGCGCGUUGUGGGUCAAAUAACCCGAGUCCUGGUGAGAAGAAGACACUGUCAUGGCAUUUCAGUGGACUCAGAAUACUUGAUGCCGUUUGUAGAUUUGUUGUUAUAUCUAUGAAAGUAGUAUAUGUGAGUCUUUAAAUAACUACAUAUUUUAACAUAAUUAUUUAUUAAUACAAAACGUGGCGUGUGACAAUGGCUUUAUCUCAGAUUCAGUGUCUGGACGAAGAUUAUAUUAAUGUGCGAAUUAAUGAAACAAAACCUGAGUUUCUCUACAGCGAAGAGCGAAGAAUUGCGUUGGAGAUACUUUUUCAGGAUGGACUGGAGGCGUACGAAGCACAUCUUAAAGCGCAAAAUGUGCAGGGUUUUUUAUCAGACUCUGAACUGGAAUAUCUGACUAGAACCGUGAUGGUAUACAACCCUGGUGAUACAGACCAGUCAAAAAUUAACGGAGAGGGAGAGGAUAACAACGUGCCCUCGGAAUACUGGCCUGAGCGUUCAGACUAUUCCCUCAGCGACCUAGACAUGGGCUGGCCAGACAUCACAACCUACCGAGGAGUCACUCGUGCAACUGUAUACACACAACCACCAAUGGAUGGACAGCCGCACAUUAAAGAGAUUUUUAGAAAGACAAUUGCACAGGCCCACAAGGUCAUAGGUGUUGUCAUGGACAUGUUCACAGAUGUAGACAUAUUCAAAGAUCUGCUGGAUAUGAGCUACAGACGAAGGGUGGCGGUGUACAUUAUUCUAGAGGCCACAGGAGUCCCCCAUUUCCUGCGCAUGUGCGAGAGUGCAGGCAUGCACAAGGGACACCUCAAGAAUUUACGGGUUAACUACACUCAAGGCUCAGAGUUUUGCACUCGCUCGUCAAAGAGAGUGUGCGGCCUCUUAAGUCAGAAGUUCAUGUUUGUCGAUGGAGACAAGUCCGUGUCAGGGUCCUACAGUUUUACAUGGACUGCAUCUAGACUGGAUCUAAAUGUCGUCACACUGCUCACAGGCAACGCCGUGGAGACCUUUGACAUGCUGUUCAGGGAGCUGUAUUUCACCUCCAGAGCUGUGAACCUCUCCAAACUUAAGCUGGAUGAGGAGCCAGAGCUUGAACCUGUCCGGCAAGUUGUUCCAGAAUCAAUAGUCUCUGCUGAGAUGGCCCGCAAGCUCUACAGUGCAAAAUACACCCUGGUCAACAGUGCCUCUCUGAAGAGCAAUGGUACACAUUCCAGCAUGAACAAGUCCGGAAAUACAACUCCAUUGCCAAUGUUCAUACAGCUGAGACAGCUGAGAAUGUUGGCAGAGGAGCCAAGGAUUCACCCUGGGCUAGUUGAUAUGGAAAAGGCUAACAUGACGAAUUAUCUGCCCACCUGGCCAGAGCCAGAUCCACCUAGUGACGUCAUUGGCAUCAUCAACAUCCGAGAUCCCAACAAGCCUUUCCAAGCUCACCUGAUGCGCUCCGAGCUCUUUGAGACCUCCCAGGCGAUUCGAUUCAAGGAGCCUUUCGAAAUGCCUGUAGAGCACCUGCCAGAGAAGGCCACCCCUCGGCACCGCCUGGAGAACGCAGAUGUUCUCGCGUCCAUGAAGACAGACCAGCUACCGGUGCAGACCCUGAAGAACAAGGGUGAGGAGGCACGGAAUGCACCACUUAGUCCACAGCAUGGUCAGGAGAGUGUGUUAACGCCACCAAUAGGAAAUCCAGGAAUGGUUCAUCUGGGUGUCAUUAAUCAGUGUGACAGUCACACGACUGGGGUUAAGGGGAUUGAAGAGCCACAGGUGGAUUCCGAGGUGUCUGCUAGCAAAUGUUCCUCAUUUAAAGCCACAAAUGCAGAGAGUACAAAACAUGCCAAUGUAUGUGAACGGGCUGAAACCUCUGUCUUUCCACAGGGUCCUAAGGAUCUCUGCUCAGCUCCUGACUGUAGUGCGGCGUCUGAACAUCCAUGUUCCACUGCUUGUAGCAGGCCUAGAAGAGGUACCGAAUGUACAGUCAGUGAUGCUGAGAAAGUGAGAGCCAUGGACACUGGUAUUGACAGGAUCGUUGCCAAAUCCAGUGUUAAUGACUCUCUAGUACAGUCUGCUAAAGACCCAUCAACAUCCGAUAAACAUUUUCAGUGUAAUGGCAACGUGCCUGAUAAUUCUAAGUCACCCAUAAAUGUAAAUGGACUACAUACACAUUCAGGGAAUCCACAUGGUACAAAUGUUGCAACUGAAGGACAACAUCCCACAGUCCCUGGCAGUCAGCAGACGCUGGACAAGAAGCCCAUUCAGAGCACCAAGACUACUAUGACGAAUGGUGAAUCUUGCCAGCCUGACAAUAAUCACAGGGUUCUGAAAGAGGGGAAAGCUAGUAUAGAUACGAAGAAGGUUGGAGCGCAACCAAUCAACCAACAGCCAUCUCAGGAGGAGAUAAUGGAAGGGGUGAACAGGGACUCUAGACCUCAGUUAGUGCAGCAGGAUUUAGGCAGUCAGCGUCAAAAAGCAGCAAUGCAACUCAGCUGCUCCAAGCUGAAAGAGAAGACAGAGGUCACUGAAGUGACAGCUGAUAACAAAAGACCCACUUCGUCAACCAAGGAAGGGAAAGACAUUCGGCAAAACACUCACUGGAUACCAGAGGAGGCACUAUUUAUAUCAGAGGGGGAUGAUGACCAGAAAGAAAAGAAUCUAGCAGUACAAAACAAGCCACGUGGAUUAUUUAAAAAGCCAGAGCAGGCAGCAGUUCAAGGUACGAGGGAUAAACUUUCAAAUUCAUCUCCGAUGAGCAGGCGUGGUCAACCACCUAAAAUGGAUGGCAAGCACGCUGGACUGUCAAACGGAAAGGUGGAGCCUGCUACGCAUCCAACACCGAAGGGGGAAGCUGAAAAACAAGUGGAAAAGAAGGGCUACCAGCAGCUGUCCCAUGGACUUUGUAAUGGCAAAUCCCAUUACAGAUCAUCACAAGAUAUCUCCAAACAGCUCAAAAUAGAGAGUAAGGUUGGAGUACGCCUCCAAGAGAGGAAUCCACAGGAACAAGCGAGGACCAAGAUGGAAAGUGAUGGAAAGAAGUUAUUCCGAGCUUCACCGACUCCACCUUCCAGAACACCGCUUGCCAGUAGGACUGAGGGAGCUCCACCCACUCCACCUUCCAGAACACCGCUUGCCAGUAGAACUGAGGGUGCAGCCAGAGGCCCUGGCGUCAAACCCGACUCCACACCCCCCACUACCAGGACAACUAAGCCAAUCAAAUGCUCGCCAAAGUACUUCCCGGGAAGAGUGUUCGGUGCAACCAGGACCAAACCAGUUAGCUCCUCGACUCCUGAGCAAGGGGCCACCAGCAUUAUUAGUCCAAGUAGUUCAACUCUUUCACUCGCAGGACCUUUACUUGCACAGCAGAAGGCAGGUCAAACCAACUCCCCUCUGGGUCAAUCUAUGCCUGUGUUGUGUAAAUCAAAGACUGACAAAUCCACAUCCAAACUUUCCCUUCCCAAACUGUCACACUUGCGAAGCUUGAAAGACAAAAUGACCAGGACACCAACUCAGAAAACUUUGGGGAAAAAAGAUGCAGUUUGAAGGGGUGAUGGUCAUUGAUGGACUGUAUAAUCAGUUGCGGUAUUUGUACAAUGUUUUUUUUUACUAAAAUGCAAAAUGAUGUUUGUUUAUUUUGAAGGGAUAAGGAAUGAAAAUCGUUUGAUUUGUGCAUGCCCUGAAUGAAACCUUUUCCAUAGCAGGUGGUGGGACCCUGCAGUUUAUUUAAACAUUUUAGUUCAUAUCCUCAAUGAAAAUGAUUGAAGGAGACGGCGUUUUUGCAUAUCUCCGAGUCCCUCAUGCUCUUUAUAUGGAAAUGUUUGGAAAUGUUUUGUUAUGCUCGAGUAGGUGAAGUAAGCAAACACAGUGAUUAACUCAUCAUAUCAGAAAUAUAUAGAAAUAACACUCCAAAUGAAUCAAUUGGUGAUUAACAUAAAAACAAAUAAUACAUAUGCAGUUAUUGCACCACCUCCAAUAUUAUAUUCCCAUAAUUUUGUUUUUUAUUCGUUCACGUUUGUAGACAUUUACUUGAGCCUUGAAAACAAGUUUUGCAUUCUCCACGCCAGCUUGCCCCUCUUUCAGAACCCUGUGAACCAACUUUGUGGCUUAAGAUUGCUCCUGCUGACUUGUCACGUGCAAAAUCCAACGGCUUUAAGAAGGUUAUAGAAUCCGGAAAGGCAUGCCGCUGGUAAAAAGAUGCCAGAUUAUCUGUCUUUGCUCAGCUUAACCUUCAAUAAUGAAACAGGCAGAGCCUGAUAUGUCACCUUCUCGAGGUUCAGUGAACCCUUUUCUCACAGUGACAAUCUGUUAGAAUGUCAUCUGUGCAGCCGUCAACAUGUUCAGAGAUGGUGGGGAAAAGCAUCGUCACACCCAGCCUUGCUCCUGGCCGAAUUAGUCCAUGUUUACCUGCAGGACUUUUGUAUGUCCGAUCAGCAAUAUGAAGUUCUCCUUUUGGUUGUGGUAACAGCUUUCAAUGCUGGAUAAAAAAAAAUGUCUUGGCUUUAAAAUGCUUUGUAAAAAUGCAUUUUUAGUACUGCCAUUAACACACAUUACGAAGCAACAACAAAAGAUAAAACAGCUGCCACCUUUCAUGAGGUAUGCAGCUCUAGCAGAGACCCUGGGGGUCUAUAGCGCUCAUUAAUUUGAUAGUGGUGCACGUGUCAAACGAGAACUAAAAUUAUUUUCUUACAUAUGCGAUCAGCAACGACUUUACUGCCCAGCAAAACAUUUCAAAGCUGCUUCACAUGCAAAGCUUUCGCCUAUCUGUUGCACCAGGCAAAUUCUGUCUUGUGGCUAGGCCCACAGUUGCAUUGAAAAUAUCUCCUCAAUUUCUAAAAACUUUUAUAACAACUUGAGGUGCUCUACACCCAUAUUGUGUGUCACGCUCUUAGCUCACCAGCCAGUGACUUGUUGUGUUUAGGUAUAGAAAUUGUGAGUGUUUAUAGAAAUGUUUUAGAAAAGUUCUACACUGACAAACAGGAGUAAACAAGAGUGAGCAUGAUCAAAAAUGAGAGACAAGCACUGUCAAUAAAAUUCUUUCAUUGGA